GAGAACGAAGUCGAAGACUAUCAUUAAUGCUAUCGUUUUUUAUUUUGCACAGAUACUAGAAAGACAAUUCUAGUAACAAGGAGUGUCACUCGUGAGCAGUAUGAGAAGGAGUGUCACGACUCCUAUGAGGAGUACGAGCAGGUGUAAAGAUUAAGAUUCGAAAAAAUAAGAUUCCAUGAUGGCGAUUUUAUUUACCCAGCACUACCGUUGGUUUUUUAUCAUUUAUAAUGGAAACGAAGGAAAACGAGACUCCAUGUAGACGAGGACUAGAGCCAAAUGUAGGGAAAUGCACCAUAGCCGUGAUGAGUGAAAAUUUGAAUGAAAAGAUUCCAAGAUGAAGAGGAGUGUCCUCUUCUGACUGUAAGUAUUCACUCUUUUCAUCUGAAGAUUCUGAACGUGAACAUUAUGGUGGUAGCACAAUCGACCAGUGGAGGCACAGUUGUCUUGUGAUGCAAAAAUUGACGAGGGUGAAGUGAAAAAAGUCUAUCUGACGAGUGAGUCAAGGGUAUGCCAAGCGAGUGACAAUCGACUGGCACGUGACGAGUGGUCGAAUGAGGAAGUCGCUUCUUUUUGGGUGGUCGAAUGAGGGAGUCAGCUGGAUCAUCUGUCACAAUCCAAAAAAAAAUCCACAUAGGAAUCUCUGUUAGCUUCCUCUACCUCGGGAAAAAUCCAAAAAAAAUCACGAAAGUAAGGGUCCUAAUUUUCAAGCAUGGCGCCGGGGUAACGUCGCGGAGCCGGUGGAAAAGGCGACGGGCCUGGGGGUGUUUGGGGAAGGUCGGCAUAGCUGUCUGCGAGGGCUUGGCCCAGAGCGAGACCCCUCUCAGCUCCGCGAGAGUGCAAGGGAGUCAGCCUCCGACAGAGCUUAACAAGGAAUCUCUGUUAGCUCCCUCUACUUCGGGAAAAAUCCAAAAAAAAUCUUGUACGUGUACAGCUAUCCUCUAUCCCUAGAGUGGUGCAGCCCUUAAGAGAUGGUGGCGCGUGCUCCAGCUUGGCUGCUCCCGUUUGAGAAGUUGUAAGCACUCUACUGCGACGGCACAACUACAACUACGACGACUAUUUAAUCUACCAGUGCGACUCCUGCCGCUCUAGAACGAAAACGAGUCCGACUGCACGGGUCGUGAACUGCACGAGCCGCGCAACCACUGUGAGGACGUUCUUGUUGAAUCAUACUGAAAGGCUGCGGAGUACAGCUUCUAGAGCAUAGCGGACACGAUGGACUGGACAUGAAACAUAGUAGCGGACACGAUCGAAUGGACGCACCAUCAAGGGACACUAUUUCAUGAGCACCACACCAGAGGACAGUAGAAAUUGUAGUUCAUCCUUGAGAUGAUGAUAAGAUGUUAUAUCAAAUACGACCUCUGUGAGGACGUUCUUGUUGAAUCAUACUGUGAGGACGUUCUUGUGGAAACGUCGUAUUUUUUUCAUGUCAAAUGUGACUAGUUACAUUUUUCAACUAUCUAAGAUAAUAUUAUAAGCAGCUCAAUAUUUAUAUAAUUAGGCACGAAAAGGAGAAGAACAAACCAGCAAAUGUGGGGCCCCAUGCUGUUCUUUGUUCACCACAUGCCGUGGAGGAGAGGAGAAGGAAUUUUUGAUUGAUGAAGGUCCCAAUAGAGGCUGAAAAAUGUCACAGGAGAAAAGGAUCAGGAGGAAGACAGAUUGAAAUUGAUGUAAAGGCAGAACGGUGGAAAUAGACUUAGACAUAGA